GACUCCAUGGAAGCAUUGAUCCAUCACUUCAAACUGUUCACUGAGGGAUUCCAGGUGCCACCUGGCUCCACCUACACCUGUGUGGAAGCUCCCAAGGGUGAGUUUGGAGUUUAUCUGGUGUCAGACGGCACAAACAAGCCCUACAGGUGUAAGAUCAAGGCCCCAGGAUUUGCACAUCUAGCUGGACUUGAUAAGUUGUCCCAGAAACACAUGUUGGCAGAUGUAGUCGCUAUUAUUGGUACCCUGGAUAUUGUGUUUGGAGAGGUUGACAGAUAA